CUCAUGCUGUUGAGUGUUGUUUUCAUGUGCGAUAUCUUGUGGUAAACCGAAAACGUUUUAACAAUAACGAGAAAGUUAGAUCAUACUAGUCAUUGACAUUAGCUUCUGCCGUGAGCAUUCUAGAUACGACAAUGUAUGCCUCGUUUACUCCAUGAGCCUAUAUUCGUGCUAAAGUCCCCAUGACUCGAUCACUCGCAUCGGCACGUAUCUACUGCAGAGCGCUGCUCCCCACGGCAUGUGCAGAGCUCGUUCACGCUGGUAAAGCUCCGUGCUUCGCCAGGCAGGAAGCGAAGAUGUCGCUGGCAGUGUCAGCUGGUGGGUUCGCUCCCCCCGCGGAUGUUAGAGGCAUGAAGGAACUCGAUCGCGGCGCGUUUUCCUGCGACGUCAAAGUUCCAACCGUGCUCGUUGACAACUCGUGUGUCGGCGCUGCGAUGAAAGGACUCAAGAAAUACUUCCUGCGUCUGCCCAAGGUGGCGCCGGAGUGCAGCCAGGUUGAAGCAGAUGACACGCAAAAAAUAGGACCAUGCCUCCUCGGUGCCGCCAUCAAGGCGUAUCUGAGGACUCCGGAAGUGGCUGCGACACCGUCUCCGAUAGAAACGAGCGGUCGUCGACGAGCGGCCGCUGCGGCUCACGUACGACAACUGGUCGUUCCACAGCUGUGCCGGGUGCUGCGGGCGGUGCUGCCGCCUGGCGAGGACUCGGUGUCCGGCUACAGCCGCGUCGGUCACAUCCUGCACCUGAAUCUGAAGGAGCAUCUACAGCCUUACAAGGCUCUGAUAGGGCAAGUGCUGCUGGACAAGCACGUCGGAAUUCGGACAGUGGUCAACAAGACGACGUCCAUCGACAACACGUUCCGAAACUUUGCGAUGGAGGUCUUGGCAGGAGACGAAGACUUCAUCACCACUGUCAGAGAACACGACGUCACGUACCAGAUGGAUUUCUCAAAGGUGUACUGGAACCCGCGGCUCGACACGGAGCACCAGCGCAUCGUCGCCAUGCUGAGAGACGGCGACGCCCUCUAUGACGUGUUUGCCGGCGUCGGACCGUUCGCGAUCCCCGCCGCGAAGAAAGGCGUUCAGGUGUUUGCGAACGACCUGAACGCCGAGUCGCACCGCUGGCUGACGGCGAACGCCGCCGCCAACAAGGUGGCGCCCUCUGUGCGCACGUACAACAUGGACGGCCGCGAGUUCGUGCGCACGGUCGUCGCCGACGACGUCGCGCGCCGGCUGGCCGCAGAUGGCGCCACCGGGCGCAUGCACAUCGUCAUGAACCUUCCCGCCGCCGCGACGGAAUUCCUCGACUGCCUGCGCGGCCUGGUGGCGCCACCUAGCGGUGGCAGUGGCCGCAGCCUUCCCACGGUGCACUGCUACUGCUUCACGAAGGACGCCGAGGACCCGGAGAGCGAGGUGCGGCGCGGGUGGGGCGGCCCUGUUGGACGGAGCCUCGACGAGCCGGCGGCGGUGCAUCGCGUGCGAAACGUCGCGCCCAACAAGGAGAUGUACUGCGCGUCGUUCGUGAUCCCGGAGGCGGUGCUCUUCCGGGAGGAUGCUGCCGCGGCGGCGGUCGGCGGCGACGACGACGGGCCCCGGCCGAAGGUGCCGAGGAUCGACUGAAGAGGGCGCCGGCAUCGAGGGGGGUGGGGGUGGUCGGAAGCGAAGACUGUUUUGUUGUCACGGGAAAGGGUGAAAAUGUGUUACAUGCUCGAGUGGUGUAGCCGUGCUGCAUGUACUGCAGUCAGUUGUUCAUGUGCGUGCGUGUGUGUGUGUGCGUCUGUCGAUGCAUAUGUGUGAGGUUGUGUGCUUGGGUGCGUGUGUGGGUACG